AUGACGCGUCAGGGCAUGUUCACGUUUCUAUCGACGCUUCUGCUUUGCUUUGUGGUCUCUACCGCAGACGAACCGGCCGCUCCCACCGCAACCGAAGCCCACGCGAGUCACAUUCUCGUGGAAUCCGAGGCCUUUGCCGACGAUUUGCACGCUCAGCUCAACGAGGCGCCAAACCUCUUUCUAACGUUCGCCCAGCUCGCGAAAGAGCACAGUCAAUGUCCAUCGAGCCACAAAGGAGGCGAUUUGGGCACGUUUCGUCGCGGCCAAAUGGUGCCCGAGUUCGACCACGUUGCGUUCGAGGGCGAAGUUGGGGUCGUGCACAAGGUCAAGACCCAAUUCGGGUGGCACCUCGUGCUCAUUUCGCGACGACUGAACGGCACGGAAGAGCCAGACCGGUUCAGUGGGCUGAAAGAAACGCUUCUGAAAGUCCUGCCGUUUCUCGGUCCAGUCAUUCUGAUUGCUAUUGUCGCUUGGGGCGCUCGAAGUGGAAUGUCGAGUCCACGGGCUCGUGCGUACCACAUCCUCGUAAAGUCGGAAGCAGAGGCGGACAAACUGUUUGCCGAAAUCGACGCAGCAGAUGACAAGAAGGAAAAGUUGUCGGACCUUGCGGCGAAACACAGCACGUGUCCAUCUGGCAAGAAACGAGGAGACUUGGGCAUGUUUGGACGUGGAGAGAUGGUGCCUCAGUUUGAUAAGGUCGUGUUUGAAGAAAAAGUGGGAACGCUGACGAAGGUGCAGACUCAGUUUGGAUGGCACGUGCUCCUCUGCACGGAGCGCCUUGGAGACAAGAAGUCCAAGUAA